AUGAAUCCUGAAGAAUAUGGCUCUAAUCUUGAACCUUUGAGUGCGAUACGAAUACGGGAGUUAGAGAACAUCAAAAAAUCAAUCAUUGAACUUGUGGAAACAGCAGGGAAAUCAAUUAUGUGUCUAGGAUCAAAUCGAUCACUUCCUUCAGAAGGUAGUGAGCCCAAUGCCAUAGAGAAGCUUACUAAAGCUCAGCAGGAAGAAGAAUUUAGGAUAUCAGCUCAAAAAUUUUUUGAUUUAAUAGAU